CAGCCAUACAGCAAGACAAUGUUUUUAGUGUUUUCUUUUUCUUGUUUAACAUAGAGUAAGUUUGAUUUUGUGUUUUUAUUUUUUAAUUCCAACCCACACGAGAAAUCAAAAGGGUGAAACUCCCUUGACUCUCUAGAUGAAACCUGGUACUGAUGCAGGUUAGAGCUAAGAUCGCCAAAAGAAUUUCUGCCAAGAUCUUUCCUCAUCCUGACAGCUGUACUGACUGCCAGCCAGCAGGAUAAAAUCCAAACUGUUGGUGGAUCCGAACAAGAGAUGGAGACAGCCCACCCCCCUCGGGCAUGCAGUUCAUCUGAAGCAUCUGGGAAAUCCUGCUGGAGUUUAGAUGCCAGAGUGAUGAUAAUUCUGGUGGUUGUAGCUGGAGCUGUCAUCGUGGUACUUCUGUACAGACUCCUACAAACACGUCACAGGCUAAGAAUGGCGAGUGCAAGACAUGCUCUGGAGUAUUACAGCUUCUACCACACAGCCACCUACACAUUCAAACAUCCAUCAUCUUAUGAGAAGCUGCAAAAUGGAAGCGUUCCACGCACCGUUGCACCUGUCCAAACUGUUGCCCUAGCAACACCUGUAGUCACUGCCCCACUGCCACCCCUUCCAGUACCCCUGUCAGCCUCAAUGCCACUCCCCCCUGCACCUGUUCAUCCCUCAGUACCUUCGCUCCACAUGACACCUCCUGUCCUGACUCCUCCUCUGCCCGUGGUCCACACCGCCGCACCUAGCCCGCACCUGUCAUGGGGGGCCUGCUCGGACGUCGAUGUUUACUCUUGUAUUGGAGCUUACCGGCCCUCCAGGCUCUCGAGCUUGUCUAGCAAUUCAAAGGUCAUCCUUUUCGAACAUUCAUCUCUCUGAACUGUUUCAUUUAUCAUGAUUGUCCUUCUUCCUAUUCUCCAAAUUUGCAGUUGAUGUCAUAAUUACAUUAUAAUAUUACAUUACAUUUUACAUUUAAUAAUAUUACUGCCUCUAAAUUUUAAUGUACUGUUUUCCUAUUCUUUUGUUUUACUUUUUCUUUUCCUUUCACCAAAACUACAGGAUUCUGACUGGACAAUCAAAAGUAUAAAAAGCAUAGAAGUGUUGUGCAUUUUUACACAAUAAAAUAGUAAUUGUUCUUUUAUAUCCAAAUAUUAGCCUAAAGUCAUUAGCUGAAAAAAAACAUCAAUCUUAAUAAUACAAAUUGCAUUUAAUAUUUUUUUUUUCGACAAAUUAUGUGCAUAUACAUGGAUCCCUUGUUUUUCCUUGGUUAAUGAGGAGCCUCCCCAUCCCCCGGGAAAAUCGAAAAGUAGAACUAGAGGCAGAGUUUAUUUACAUUUAUUUAUGUAUUGAUUGUUUUGAGAUGUGUUUAAUGUAUUUAUUCAGAUUGAACAUCAUUGGAAAAAUAUACAUACUUUAUAAGACAUAGUUUUCCCUUUUCUCCCGAAAGUAUAAUUUAAAAAAACAAACAAACAAACAAACAAACAAAUACUUGUUUAAUUAAUAUACAUACACAUAUUUUUAAGCACUGAAAAUGUAAUACUUAUGGUACAGUUAAGAUAUAAAUAUUUCAGAAAACAAUGAUUUGUACAUGUAUACAUGCAAAUAUCUCAACAUUUUUAAAUAAGAUACUAUACUGUAUAUGGCGGAAAACACAG